AUGUCUCUACAACAAUUUGUACAGUCCCAUUGUAUCGUGUUACAACUACGGCUCACAUACAAGAGUGUUUCGGCUCCCAAUGAAGCCCUCGUUCACAAAGCAAUCACCUCAGAACUGCAGAAGUUUGGAAAUGUGCUCUACUCCAGGUCCAAUGCUGCAGUAUGGCAGCAGACUUUGAAAAGAUCAUCGCCCAAAAUUGAUUUAAUCAUGUCGAGCAAUCAACUUCAUACUCUGUCCUAUCUGUUAUUCAACCUGCGUGGGUUUACUGUCCCUACCCAAAAAAUCAACCUUUUGCCUCCUGAUCCGUUGCCGACUCUUAAAAACUUUCCACAGCUGGUGACUGUGUACAAGGAACUACGAAAUCGCUGGACCCAGAACAAUCAUCGCGAGAAAUCUCGACCCCGCGACUUGCCGCCCUUCGUCGCUCUCGAUCCCUGGAUAUUCAAAAGCCUGCCGGUCAACAGAAUUCACACUUCGAAAGAUUCAUCCAUGGAGAUUAACGCUGACUCGCACUUCGAUAUUUACGAAGACCGUCAGGUCCAAGGGAGCCGGUUUUUUGACUUUAGCAGGUGGCAGCCUCCGCAUGAUAAUGGAUUUAUACACACCGAAACCGAGGAAACCGAUCAGUUUUUCGAUUUUGCAAAAACGAAAUUGGACUCGAGGAGACAUAUAUUUGUCGAACCUGUCCUCUACCCAGACUAUGAUUGUUUACCACAAGAAAUUAAAUUUUGGCUUGAAGACAUCGAUGAAGAUUCGGAAGACCAUGGUGCAAGGUGGUCUAAAGGUCAAUCUCAGAGGCUUGAUUUUCUCCUCCACGGAUUCAAAGGGUUCGAACGAUAG